AUGUCGAGUUAUGGCCAGCCCCGCAACGGCGCUGUCAGGGAGCACCAAGAGGGGGUGACCGACCGUGGGCGGCACGAUUCUCACACGCCUGGUCCACUGGCCAUGUUUGGGGAAGAUUCAUUGGGACUCCCUGGGUCGGUUCGCACCUUCAGGGUGGGAACGGAGCUGCGGGGAGUGCGCUCUAAUUCCCGUGUGGAGGGGGCUGCGGUAGGGGAUGACGAGGGUGAUGCGGAGGAGGAUGAGGAGGAGGAGGAGGAGGAGGAGGAGGGGGACGGGGAGGGGGAGGGGGAGGAGGAGGAGGAGGAGGAGGAGGAGGAGGAGGAGCACGUGGACAAGGGGCGGCUAGUGGAGCAGGAAGGGGGCAGGCUGGUGGUGUUCGGAGUGGGCGUGUGGAGAAGAGGGGUCGCGGGAGGGGGAGGAGAGGUGGAGGUGCGACGGCGCGUUGUCGCACCUCCCGCGGUUCCCCGCCUGCAGAAUCGGUUCAACAACCAGCUUGUGGGUGAGGGUGAGACCUUUCCAGAGAAGGGGUAUGAGGGCGUGCCAAAUGGGGGGAUUGAUUGGCCGUAUUGCACGCAGUGGCCAAACUUCCCUGGUGCGGGACGUCAGGGCGGCGUUCGCGGAAGGGGGGGUAUGGAGCGGUUUGUGGGCCACCGGUUUAGCGUGCGCUCCUUGCGAGAGGCGGUCACCAAGAUGGUGGUGACAGGCAACGUGCCUUUCCGCUUCGUGGAGUUGGAGGCGUUCCGCGAGUUGAUGGUGCUGCUGAACCCGAACGUCGCGAACGUUCGAGUCCUUCCAUCAAGGUGGACGGUUGCGCGAGACGUAGUUGUGUUUGCUGAGCGCGCAAGACUGGAGGCGAUGGCUGAUUUGGCACCACAGCCCGGGGAGCGCACCACGGGGGUUGCAAUCUCCAGUGAUAUCUGGACCGGGGGGAACGGGAAGGCCUACUCGGUGGUAAAGGGCCACUUUGUGACACGAGAUUGGAAGCUGAGGGAGGUGACGCUGGAUUUCCGUGAGAUGACAGGGCGACACGGGGGAGAGGAGAUUGCGGACUUGGUGCUGGAGGUGGUGCGUGAUUGGGACUUGGUGGACCGUUGUGUCGCCUUUGUGUGCGACAACGCGUCCAGCAACACCCGCGCCUUCCACCUCCUCUCGGGUGGUAGUUCUCGCCCUGCCAUUUUCCGCCCAGGCAUGCACGUCAGGUGCACCGCGCACGUGCUGAACUUGGCGGUCCAGACAGCACUGAAGGUCCCCCUUGUGCGCAAGACCCUGCGUUUGGUGCGCGACGUUGCCAUCUUUGUUGGUUACUCCCCCAUCCGCACGGGGAACUUCCAGGCGGAGCAGGUGCGGGCGUACCCGGGUAGAGUGCCCUUGAAGCUGGUCCAGGACAGCCCUACUCGAUGGGGGUCGACGUAUGAGAUGGCGGUCCGCUUCCUCGAGCUGCGCAGGGCGAUCCACGUCCACUUCUACGACGACCAGGGCACGACGCCUAAGGAGCGGAAGCGCUUUAAAAAGCUCCGCCUCAAAGAUCAGCACUGGGAGGCGCUUGAGGCGUUGAAGGUAUUUCUUGCACCCUUCAACGCCGUCACUAAGUCGGCGGAGGGGUCGCUCUACCCGACCAUCUCCAUGGUCAUUCCAAGCUACAACGAUCUUCUUGACAGUUUGGAGGAGAAGCUCCAUGGCAACCCGUCCCCGCUGAUGAGGACGAUGACCGUUGCCGCGCUGGGGCACUUGAAGAAGUACGUGUACGCCAGCAGCGACGACCUGCUCAUCGCCACGUUCCUUGAUCCAGCGAUGAGGGAGGGGUACUUCGCUCUGGGCACGUUUGAGACUAGGCACCCAGAGCUGGUUCAGGGAGGGAGGGAGAGGCGGGCAACGGGCCCAGUGACGGUGGAGCAGAUCCUGGAGCUGGUGCGCACACGUGUGACGGAUUACCAGGCGCAGGCAGCUGCGAGAGCGCCGGUGUCUCCACCUGCUGCAGCAGCGCCAGCACCUGCUGCCAACAUUGAGGGGGAUGAGGCUAUUGGCAGUAGGCGCCGCUUGAUUGCGCGCGUAUCUGCUUCACGUGCUGCAGGAGGGUCUAGGCAGUUGGGGGACGAGGUGGACAGAUAUGUGGGGCACGACGAGACUGGCGACCUAUCCCCCCUCGAGUUCUGGCGCACAGUGAAGAACCUUGACACACUGCGAGCCAUGGCCAGGGAUUACUUGGCGAUUCCCGCCACCUCGGCAUCGUGCGAGCGAGCAUUCUCACAGAGCAGGAACUUGAUCACCUUCCAGCGCACACGCCUGAACACCGAGCGUGUGCGGUCGUGCAUGACUCUGCGGUCUUGGUACGACACGCACCCUGGUGGUCGUAUCGGCGAUGGGGCAGAUUCUGCCCGUGCUGCAGCAGCAGUGGACUUGGGGCUCGAGGGAGAGGAGGAAUGCGAGGAGGAGGAGGAGGAGGAGGAGGAGGAGGAGGAGGAGGAGGAGGAGGGGGAGGAGGAGGGGGAGGGGGAGGCGACAUAUGCAGCGGGAGCCGGCGCUUGUUUCGUCGGGGGGUUUCUUUCCGUAGCGGCGCCGACGUCCCGUCACUCGUUCCGUUACUCAGGCUCGCGACCUCCUCCUUCUGGGCAGACGCAGCCGGAGAGUGGCAGUGGGGAGGAGGAUGAGGAGGAGGAGGGUGAGGGCGAGGAGGAUGAGGACGAUGAGGGGAGCGGGGAUGACAGUGAGGCCGGGUGGGAUCCCGAGACGCAUGGCGGUGGGAAAGGGGGGGAUGAUGAGGAGGACCAUGAGAUGGAUGGGUUGGAGUCAGAGGAGGUGGAGGAGGGGGUGGGAGAGGGUGGUGGAGGGGCGGCGACAGAGGCGGCCUCGCAGCAUGUGGCUGAAGGAGGAGGGAGCGUGGGGGUUAAGGUGGGGAGAAAGCGGGCAUCCAUUGCGAUGCCGAAGCGGAGGAAGAGGGCGAGCAAGUUGAGGGAGCGAGCAUAUCCCUGCACAUUCACUGGGAAGCCCUUGGGCGAGGGUGUGGUCGCUCCGGAGUUCCUAGACGAGGACGGAGGUUCCGAGAGUAGUAAGGGGACUGUCAAGGGUAAUAAGAAACCGGGGUGGCAAGUACAGAUGUUCGGGCCUAAAGGGGCAGACGAGAAGCGUCAGUGCAAGAUUUGCACUGACAGGAUUUCGUGGAAGCAAUCCACAACAACACCCGGCGAGCGGCACUUCGAGAGCUACCACACAGCGCACAUGCACGUGUGGCAUCACCGUUACCACACUCCGUCCGUUCACUUGCCUGAGGAGACGUUUCCUCGUGGGGGCUACAAGGGUGUGCCGGAUGGCUACGUCGAUGGGUGGCCGCAUGCCAAGUCUUGGCCGCAUCUCGCCAAGAAGAAAGGGACGGCGUCCGGUGGAGCUCGGUUUCGGGAGCUAUUGAUCCUGCUAAACCGCAACUGCGCGCAGAAGAACUUCAUCCCCUCGCGGUGGACGGUAUCCCGCGACACCGUGGUCUAUGCAACAGCAGCUCUCCAGUCCGCCAUUGCGGAGAUGCUGGCGAAGGAGGGGGAGUUGGGGUGCAAGGUGUCGAUCACCAUCGACAUGUGGACGGCACCCAACAACAAGGCAUGGCUAGUGGUGACAGGUCACUGGAUAGACGAGAACUUCCAGCUGCGCACAAUGGUGCUUGAGUUCCGUGAGAUGCUCGGGCGGCAUGGGGGCAAGGAGAUGGCGCAGGUGGUUGAGGAGACGAUUGUGCAGUGGGGGUUGGAGGGGCGUUGUCUUGGUUUCACGUCAGACAACGCCUCUAGCAACGUUGCCACCUUCGGGCGGAUGUCGGAGGAGGGUGGUGGUCAGUGCUUCUUUAGCUCGCGCAUGCACUUCCGGUGCUUGGCACACGUGCUAAACCUUGCAGUGCAAGCAACACUGGCUGUGGAUUCCAUACGGAAGUUGCUGAAGAUACUGAGAGAGAUGGCGUCGUGGAUUGGCUUCUCUCCACAGCGCUCGGGGUCUUUCUUGGGCCUACAGCGGACCUUGAACUCGCAGGCCAACCCCGCCACGCCGAAGCCGGCGUUGAAGCUGGUGCAGGACAGUCCUACGCGCUGGGGGUCGACCCACGACAUGGUCGAGCGUGCGGGUGUUCUGCAGAACCCCAUCACUGUCUUCUUCGCCCAGACACAGGGCUUGUCGAAGACCGACAAGAAGAAGGUGGAGAGUUUGCGCCUGACAGACGCAGACUGGGAGACCCUGCAGGCGGUGAAGACAUUCCUAAGCCCCUUCGCCAAGAUCUCCAAGGCAGCAGAGGGGGCGGCGUACCCGAUUGUGUCGAUGGUGGUGCCGUACUACAACGGCCUGAUCGACGCCAUGGAGUCGCGCCUUGCCAAGGGGCCAUCUCCGACGCUGCAGCCGAUGAUCGUGGCGGCGCUGAGCCACUUGAAGAAGUACGCCUACAUCACCAGCAACGAGUACUGGAUCGCCACCUUCUUGGACCCUUCCAUGAAGGCGGCGUGGUUCGACGACGCGCACUGGGAGAAGCUGCAUCCCGAGACAGACAGGAGGGUGAGGCCGCGUCCGGCGUCUGGCGAGGUGAUCAAGCUGGUGCGCGACCGCGUGGCUGAGUACCAGGCCCGGGCUGCAGAGCUUGCUCCACGGCCGACCCCACUUGCCCCCGUUGCGGAGGAGGAGGAGGGAGACAAGGCGGAGGACGACGAUGACGCGCAGUUUCUCCCUAGUCGCCGACGACUUGCGGCGCGUCUGUCGGCGAGCCAGGAGGCGGGGGCGGGUGGGAUGGUGCAGGAUGACGAGGUUAGCAGGUACUUGUCCGAGAGGGUGCGGUGCGACGUGACAGCGCUAGAGUACUGGCGCAGUGCCACCAACAUGCAGACGCUGAGGCGAAUGGCCCGGGAUUAUCUCGCCAUCCCUGCCACGUCCGCUUCGAGUGAGCGGGUGUUCUCCCUUGGUCGCAACCUCAUUUCCUGGAAGCGGCACUGCCUGGCCUCUCAGAGGACGCGAGCUGUCAUGAUUCUCAGAUCAUGGUACAGUUCACACCCUGGCCAGAGGAUAGGCGAGGGCCGCCGACCGAGAGGCGUCGCACCACCAGAGUUCGCCAUUGAGGGCGAGGGGGCAGAGGAGGAUGACGAGGAGGAGGAGGAGGACGAGGGUGUGGAGGCUGACGACACAACUGGUGGAGAGGAUGCUGUUGUUGGUAGUAGCAGUGGCGCCUUAGUGUAG